AUGUUUCACAAGACAGCUGUAUCAGAAGAGGAAGAAUAUAACAUAAGAAUACGUUUGUUAGCUUACUUCUUUCUGCCUGUGGUCACCACCAAGGGAGAAUCACUGAAAUCUCUCUUCCCAUUGCUGCUGUCAUGUCUAAAUGAGUCUCCUAAAGAGGUGCAGCAGCUCUUCACUGGAGGUUUGAGCUUUGAUAUGACUGAUAAGACACUGAGGAGCCAUUCUGAGCAAUGGGAAAUGUUCACAGACUCUGUGGUCAUGAGAUAUCCCAACAUCAAGUGCUCCAGGGUCUUUGGGUUUGUCACCUAUGCCACUGUGGAGGAGGUGGCUGUAGCCAUGAAUGCAAGGCUGCACAAGGUUAAUGGGAGAGCUGUGGAACAAAAAAGGGCUGUCUCAAGAGAACGUUCUCAAAGACCAAGUGCCCACUCAACUGUGAAAAAGGUAUUUGUUGCUGGCAUUACUGAAGACACUGAAGAACAUCACCUGAGAGAUUAUUUUGAACAGUAUGGAAAAAUUGAAGUAACUGAAAUCAUGACUGAUUGCGGCAGUGGUAAGAAAAGGAGUUUUGCCAUUGUAACCUUUGAUGACCAUGACUCCAUAGAUAAAAUUGUCAUUCAGAAAUACCAUCCUGUGAAUGGCCACAACUGUGAACUUAGGAAAGCCCCAAAACAAGAGAUGGCUAGUGCUUCACCCAGCCAAAGAGAUUGAAGUGGUUCUGGGAACUUUGGUGGUGGUUAUGGAGGUGUUUUGGUGUAAAUGACAAUUUUGGUUGUGGAGGAAACUUCAGUGGUCAUGGUGGCAGCUGUGGUGGUGGUGGAUAUGGUGGCAGUGGGGAUGGCUAUAACAGAUUUGGUGAUGGAAGCAAUUUUGAAGGUGGUGGAAGCUACAAUGUGUCAGAGACCAGGGGGCCAAUGCGAGUAUGGAGGCUGUGAAGGCCCCAAGCUCUGGAGGCCCAUACCAUUUAUUGGUACACAACGCAAAGCAAGAAUGUGGUAAGGGUGUUGGGGGAGAUAAGGGAAUGGUGGUCAGGAUGGUGAGCUAGGGCGGUUUGGCAUUUCUUUUGAGGCAUAUAGAACAAAUUCUAUUCUAGAUUUAUUCAUUAAACAAGCUAGAGGGGUCAUAGAUAGGAGCCAGCAAGUCUGGUCACAUUCUUGUGCUUCCAAGUGGCAUUCCUGCCUUGAGCACAGGGUAUGGCAUUCCAUAAGCUCUUUCUUUCUGCACCAGAUAAGCAGGUCAUGCCACUGUCUUCCUUCCAGCAACAAUAAUUUUGGCAAUUACAACAAUUAAUCUUCAAAUUUUGUACCCAUGAAGGGAGGAAACUUUGGAAGCAGAAGCACUGGCCCCUGUGGUGUUGGAGGCCAAUACUUUGCCAAACCACAAAACUAAAGUGGCUAUGGCAAUUUCAGUAGGAGCAGUGGCUAUGGGAGGGGUAGAAGAUUUCAGUUACUACCAGGAAACAAAGCUUAGCAGGAGAAGAGAGCCAGACAAGGGACAUGGAAGCUACAGGCUACAAUAGAUUUGUGAACUCAACCAAGCACAUUGGUGGUAGGGCCUAGCUGCUACAAAGAGGACAUGUUUUAGAUAAAUACUCAUGUGUAUAGGCAAAAAACUUGAGGACUGUAUUUGUGACUAAUUGUAAUAACAGGUUAUUUUGGAUUUUCUUCUGUGGAAAGUGUACAGCAUUCUAACAAAGGGUUUUAAUGUAGAUUUUUUUUUUGCGUCCAUGCUGUUAAUUGCUAAAUGUAACAGCCUGAACAUGACACUAAAUGUGUCUUUAAAAAAGAGGAUAGAACAUAAAUCACCAGUAUCAGAAAUAAAAAGAUAGGUUAUCACUAUAAAUUCUACAGGCUUGAAAAGGAUAAUAAGAUACCAUUAUUAAAAUUUUAUACUAAAAAUAUGACCACUUAAAUAAUAUGAAUAAGUUCUUUGA